CGGGGGGCGGAACAUGUCUCCCGCCGCAGGAAGAUGAGGCAGCGGCGGCGGCUGCGGGCGUAGCGGGCCGGAGCCGACGCGGCGGCGGGCACCGCGGGCACCGCGCACGCCGCUGCCCCAGGGCUCCGCAGCCGGCCGCACGCACGGGCCCCGCGGGACGGGACACGCGGGGUGGGAGGGGCCCCGGGACACGCGCGCCGCCGCCGCCGCCCACGCGCGACCCUCGGGGGCCCGGCCGCGACGCCCCUUUGUGUGGGGGGGCCCCGCUUCAUGCCGCCGCCCCCUGCGCGCCGCGUGCCCGGCCGCGCCCAGCAGGGAUUCCAGUCCUGACGUGCCCACCCUGGUCCCAGGAGAAUGAACCAGCCGCAGAGGAUGGCGCCCGUGGGCACGGACAAGGAGCUCAGUGACCUCCUGGACUUCAGCAUGAUGUUUCCGCUGCCUGUCACCAAUGGGAAGGGCCGGCCCGCCUCCCUGGCCGGAGCGCAGUUCGGAGCUUCAGGUCUUGAGGACAGGCCCAGCUCAGGCUCCUGGGGCAGCGGCGACCAGAACAGCUCUUCCUUUGACCCCAGCAGGACCUACAGCGAGGGCGCCCACUUCACUGAGUCGCACAGCAGCCUCUCUUCGUCCACAUUCCUGGGACCGGGACUCGGAGGCAAGAGCGGCGAGCGGGGUGCCUAUGCCUCCUUUGGGAGAGAUGCCGGCGUGGGCGGCCUGACUCAGGCUGGCUUCCUGCCAGGCGAGCUGGCCCUCAACAGCCCUGGGCCCCUGUCCCCAUCCGGCAUGAAGGGGACCUCCCAGUACUACCCCUCCUACUCCAGCAGCUCCCGGCGGAGAGCGGCGGACGGUGGCCUGGACGCACAGCCCAAGAAGGUCCGGAAGGUCCCGCCGGGUCUUCCAUCCUCGGUGUACCCGCCCAGCUCAGGUGAGGACUACGGCAGGGAUGCCGCCACCUACCCGUCCACCAAGACCCCCAGCAGCACCUAUCCCGCCCCCUUCUACAUGGCAGAUGGCAGCCUGCACCCCUCAGCGGAGCUCUGGAGUCCCCCAGGCCAGGCGGGCUUCGGACCCAUGCUGGGCGGGGGCGCAUCCCCCCUGCCCCUCCCGCCUGGCAGCGGCCCUGUGGCCAGUGGUGGAGGCAGCAGCACGUUUGGCGGCCUGCACCAGCACGAGCGCAUGGGCUACCAGCUGCACGGAGCAGAGGUGAACGGCGGGCUUCCGGCUGCAUCCACCUUCUCCUCAGCCCCCGGAGCUGCGUACGGCGGCGUCUCCAGCCACACGCCGCCUGUCACUGGGGCUGACAGCCUCCUGGGCUCCCGAGGGACCACAGCCGGCAGCUCCGGGGACGCCCUCGGGAAGGCACUGGCCUCGAUCUACUCCCCGGACCACUCAAGCAAUAACUUCUCGUCCAGCCCCUCUACCCCCGUGGGCUCCCCGCAGGGCCUGGCAGGGACGUCACAGUGGCCCCGAGCAGGAGCCCCUGGUGCCUUAUCGCCCAGCUACGAUGGGGGCCUCCACGGCCUGCAGAGUAAGAUAGAAGACCACCUGGACGAGGCCAUCCACGUGCUCCGCAGCCACGCCGUGGGCACGGCCGGCGAUGUGCACGCACUGCUGCCCGGCCACGGGGCGCUGGCCUCGGGCUUCGCCGGUCCCAUGCCGCUGGGCGGCCGGCACGCCGGCCUGGCCGGAGCCGGACACCCCGAGGACGGCCUUGCAGGCAGCCCCAGCCUCAUGCACAACCACGCGGCCCUUCCCAGCCAGCCAGGCGCCCUCCCGGACCUCUCCCGGCCCCCCGACUCCUACAGUGGGCUAGGGCGAGCAGGUGCCACGGGAACUGCCGCCGGCGAAAUCAAGCGUGAGGAAAAGGAGGACGAGGAGAACACCUCAGCAGCCGACCACUCAGAGGAGGAGAAGAAGGAGCUGAAGGCCCCCCGUGCCCGGACCAGCCCAGACGAGGACGAGGACGACCUUCUCCCCCCAGAGCAGAAGGCCGAGCGGGAGAAGGAGCGCCGGGUGGCCAAUAACGCCCGGGAGCGGCUACGGGUCCGCGACAUCAACGAGGCCUUUAAGGAGCUGGGGCGCAUGUGCCAGCUGCACCUCAACAGCGAGAAGCCCCAGACCAAACUGCUCAUCCUGCACCAGGCCGUCUCGGUCAUCCUGAACUUGGAGCAGCAAGUGCGAGAGCGGAACCUGAACCCCAAAGCCGCCUGUUUGAAACGGCGAGAAGAGGAGAAGGUGUCGGGUGUGGUUGGAGACCCCCAGAUGGUGCUUUCCGCGGCCCACCCAGGCCUGAGUGAGACCCACAACCCCACCGGGCACAUGUGAAAGUAAACAAGAAAGCAGCAAAACAGACACUUUGUCAGAAAAGAGAAAAUGCCUUAACUAUGAAAUGUGGAGAAACGGAAACGUGACUGGAGGGGGUGCCGUGGAAACCUGGCUCGCGCUCCAAAAGCCACCAGCAAAUCGUGCCUACGCGUACUAUUUUUUUUAAGGAAAAUAAAAACAUUAGUUACGAGAUUUUUUUUUUUUCUUAAUAGAUAAAAAUGAGCAAGGAUGCUGCCUUUGGUCUCUGGUUUUUUUAAAGCUUUUUUUUUUGCAUAUGUUUUGUAAGCAACACUUUUUUUGUAUAAAAGUUCCGUGUCUCUCGCUACUUCUGCUGCUGUUUCUAGACGGAGCAUUGCGUUUCCUGGUCAACCUGAUGAUUAAGACCCCGUGUAACCCCGAGUCCCUACGCCCUGCCCCGGAAGGCAGCGCACGCAGACGGAGCGGGGAGCCGGGCAGGCGGCCGGGCUUCUGCUUCAUGGCGGAGGCUCCCCUCUGGGUUUUGUCUCGUGCAGAGUGACACCUGGGCAUUCCCCCAGUGAAGGCUCCUUGGGGCUGCCCUGCCCCACCCUCUUCCCCUCACGAAGGGGCAGAUCUGGGCAUAGGGGAAGGGACAUCAGCAAGGUGGCUCUGACACUCCCAGGUGACUGCCAAGCAGCUCCAGCCCCCAGGGCUGCCCACGCAGCGUCCUCCCCAGGCCCCCAUAAGCUGCUCUCUCUUGGAACCUGCGUCCUUUUCUGAAAUGGGGCAUUUUGUCUGGGACCAGCGAUCCCUGGCACAGGGCCACACCCUGGAGCCCGGUGCUGGGGCCUCCCAGACCACCCUGUCCUUCGCUACGUUGCUUCAAGAACCCAAGCCCAUGCUCCAGACUCUGGCUGAGGGGGUGCAAGUUUGGGGCCAGCACAAGACACCCACCACCCCCGCAUGUCCCUGUCACAGCGGAGGGCCAUUGGCAUGGACAGGAUGCAUCCUGGCGGCAUUCCCCAACGCUGGGAAGCAUCCCGGGGCGGGGCCACACCUGCUGCCCUCCCACGGUGGGACCCAAGGGCAGGAUUGGCUGGAGCUGGAGACAGUGCUGGUCCCUGAGCCCCACGAAGGCCCUGGGCUGUGUGUCCGACUGCCACAGAACCAGCGGGGCGGCCCACCAGUCCCAGCACCCAGGCCUCUCCAGUCCCCUUUGCUGGCCUCUUGCCACGAGGGUUACCAGCUCUUCCAACAGGCUGCCCCGAGAUCCCCUUCCGCUCCACACAGGCCACAGCCAUGGUCUCGGUGGCACUACCCGUGGGCCUGGCCUGUGAGGCACCUGCCUUUGCCCUUCCCCCUCCCCACAUUGAGGCCUUGUGGACCCCAGGCUGACUCCACACCGCAGCAGCAGCUCGAGCGUCUCCCCCAGUGCCACCCCCAAGAAACUGGGCUGCCUGACUCCCCUUCCCAGCCUGGCUGGGGAGCCUGGGCCCAAUGGCAGAUCGAAGGGGAACCCCAAGGCCCAGGAUCUGCCCCAGCCCGGGCCGGGUGGAGGGGAGGGGCUGUCCAGCUGGGUCUCCUUCUUCCAUGGCGUCCCCAGGCCCUGGGGAUGGGGUCUCUUAGGGAACCUGCCUUUCUCCCACUCGUUUUGCCUCUGGUCCCUGCCCCUAGGUCUGGGUGGGCAGUGGCCCUGUCGCCUCCGGAGCAGUGUGUUCCGCAUAGAAUUUAAAUGAGAUUCACCCGCAUGAGGAGGAAGAAACUGCAGCAGUUUAUGGGGGAAACCAGAGCUAUGGGGUGGGGGGCCGGGGGGUGCUCUGAGUGCCUCAAGAUGGUUUUCAAAAAAUGUGUUUUUUAAAUAAAAUAAUUUUGUACGUGUCUACACAGCUGGCUGGAUUAUUGGGACUUUUAAAUGAUCCCUUUGAAGUGGAUCCAGAGACCUGUCCUGUACAUAACAGCACUGUAGCAAUAAACGUGAUGUUUUAUAACGA